AUGUUGUGACUGAAUCAUAAGGCUACAUGGGAUUUGUCCCAUUCUGAAAAUGCCCGAACCAUGAACACAGAGGCAAAUGAAGUCAAGUGUCAAAGCCAGCACUGACUGAGAGAGACUUGUAACGCAGACUCCACAAUCCAUGGGGAAGUUUUCUGCUGUGCAUGGAAUAGAGGAGACAGACAGAAAAUGACAGCAAGUCUUCUAAGAAUAGCCCUUGCUUUACUCUCACUUGGCCUCUGUGGGGUCUUGGAGGCGACAAUAUCAUGCAGAAACGAAGAAGGGGAUGCUGUGGACUGGUUUACCUUUUACAAGUUACCUAAAAGGCAAGACCAGGAAAGUAGAAAGACUGGGUUAGAGUAUCUAUACCUAGACUCUACAACCAGAAGCUGGAGGAGGAGUAAACAUCUGAUGAAUACCACCAAGAGUGCUUUGGGGAGGACAUUAGAACAGCUAUAUGAAGCAUAUGCCUCCAAGAACAACAACACUGCCUAUCUAAUGUACAAUGAUGGAGUCCCUAAAUCUGUGAAUUACAGCAGAAAGUACGGACACACCAAAGGUUUAUUGCUUUGGAACAAAGUCCAGGGGUUCUGGCUGAUUCAUUCUAUCCCCCAGUUUCCUCCAAUUCCUGAAGAAGGCUAUGGUUAUCCGCCCUCAGGGAGACGCAAUGGACAAAUUGGCAUCUGCAUAACUUUCAAGUAUAACCAGUAUGAAGCUAUAGAUUCUCAACUCUUGGUCUGCAACCCAAACAUUUAUAGCUGUUCCAUCCCUGCUAUGUUUCACCAAGAGCUUGCUCACAUGCCCCAGCUGUGUGCCAGGUCCAGCCCCUCGGAGAUCCCUGGCCGGCACCUCGCCUCACUUCAGUCGGCCCAUGGACAGAACUUCCUCCAUUUUGCAAAGUCUGAUUCUUUUCUUGAUGACAUCUUUGUAGCCUGGAUGGCUCAACAUUUGAAGACACAUUUGUUAACUGAAACCUGGCAGCGAAAGAGACAACAGCUUCCUUCAAACUGCUCCCUUCCUUACCACGUCUACAAUAUCAAAGCAAUUAAGAUAUCUGGACACUCUUAUUUCAGUUCUCAUCAGGAUCAUGCCAAAUGGUGUGUUUCCCAAAAAAGGACCAAAAAUCGCUGGACAUGUAUUGGAGACCUAAAUCGGAGCCCAUAUCAAGCACUCAGAAGUGGGGGAUUCAUCUGUACCCAGAAUCAGCAUAUUUACCAAGCAUUUCAAGGAUUAGUUUUGUAUUAUGAGAACUGUAACUAAACCUGGUGAAUGGACAUAUAUACUAUCAUUUUCAAUAUUGACAAUGGAUCUUCUUCCAUUAGAUUCAUUCUUUAUAUUUUAAAAGCCUAUGAGUGUAUGUAUAAUCCAAAGAUUAUCAAGCAAAACACUUUCCUCCCAUGUUUACCAUUUGUCUUCUAUUUAGUGGCAAUUUUAUUUACCUUGUACUUAUUCCCUAAGCAUAAGCUACCAUAUAUAACUGAAAUGUGAAUGAAAGGAAAAAUAUUUGCUCCAUGUUAGUCCACUCAAUUGUUCACAGACUGACUGGUAAUCUUGUGAAUUAAAUUUCAUCUCUAUCAUAAAAAAUGUCCCUGACUCUCCU